CUGGUGCUGCCAGAGUACUCCAUCCAUGUGUUGUUCUGCAUCAUGUUCCUGUGUGCUCAGGAGUGGCUGACUGUGGGCCUUAACAUUCCCCUGCUCUUCUACAACACGUGGAGUAGGUACUUCCAUUCCCCAACGGACACUAAGGAGCUGCUGUACGACCCAGCGUCCGUGAUGAAUGGCGACACACUCAAGUUCUGCCUGAAGGAGGCCUGGUGCAAGCUGUCCUUCUUCGUCCUUUCCUUCUUCUACUAUCUCUACUGUGUGUGGAACCUGGAAAUAUCCCUCUAAUAGGUCUUAUCAGUGGAAACACUUAAAGGUAAACACAACAGAGCGUUUCUUCUUUGUGGUCAAAUGAGGCCAUAGUGCUGUAUCUGCUCUACAUUUGGUCACAAGCUCAUCAGUGUUGUUAGCUGACUUACAGAAAAACUUUGGUGCAAUCACUUUGCCACUUUCUUGCAAAUGUGUGUUUGACAGCUUCUUUGUCCCAUCCUCAUUGCAUUACAUGAUGCUCAUUGGCUUCUGUUUUGUUUUUGUUUUGUUUUUUAUUUUGCAUCCAGUGGCAACUUUUUUGCUGGCUUUUGGGAAAUAAUAAAAAACAUGCCAGGAAGGAUAGUUGUUUUUACAUUUUUAGGUCAUGGUAAAAACCUAAAAAUGUGAAUUUGUGAUAUUUACUGCAAAGCAUUAUGUUAUUACUGCAUUCAAGAAGCGUUUUGUCAAACAUGUAUCCCCUCCUUUUAAAGACAAGCUACUUUUUUCAGUUUGAAAUAAAUAAAUAUGUGUUCUUGUAUUUCUGUCUGUGAGAUAUACUUUAAUUCCAUUUUUCUUAAAGGUUAUGUGAUGGUAUUUGAAAGACAAAAAAACCGCCCAAACCACAGAAUAUGAUAUUCUUAUAUAGCAUGAAUAUACAUAUGUAUUUUUGCUAUUAUUUCAUUAUUAAGGUUAAACAUCACUAAUUAUCACUAAAUGUGUUGUGUUGGUCUCAAACCGAUGUACAAAUUUUAAUGAAACACAAACUGGAGGUCUCACUGGGAUUUGGAUGAAUGCUAAUAUAUUUUGGCCAGUUAGCACUACUAAUUGCGUCAUGACAUAUCAACCCUAUUUCCUGGACCUACACUGGAAAAAGCUUUCGCCUUUUUAAGAAACUCCUAAAUUUGUCAAUUUUUCUUUGAAAAUGGGUCCUCCAAAAAGUAUUCAGUUGUCAUUCUAGCCAUGUGUAGCUUUUUAUUAGCACUAUUCAAGUAUAGCACAGCUUUGAGCUAAGUUUUAGAGACUCAUUGUACACAAGAGCAUUCAGGUUCGUUGUCUCUGGACAGCAAAUAUUUAACACUUCAAAAAGACAACCACUCUCAGGCAAAGUCAAAUUUCACUGGGACCUUUAAGAUCAAGACUUUUUCAUAACCAAUUAUCUAAAGCACAAUUGUAUUUGUUUAUAUUAGCCUACUCAGAGCUUUGUAGCUACCCAUGUAAUACCAGCUAGCCCAAAAUCACAAACCUCCUAAACAUUGUUGGUAUUUAGUUUUCCAUCUUUGUUUUAAUCCAAAGUUCAAGAUUUCAGCCAGAAUAUUGUUCUUGAUCUUUAGAUGUCUACCCUGUUUUCCAUGCUGGUAUUUUCUAACUCCAUUAAACCUGUUAAAUCCCCAUCGUAUGAAUACCUGGACAUAAGUCUUUCUGGAGAGAACAGUCAUCCUUAUAUAGUUUUUUUAGUUGAAAUAAUAAGGACGUCAUACUUAAAGUGGAUAAAAAGACUGAUAACCAUAGAAAGUAUAGAAGGUGGACGUAGCUACUGUGACAUCAUCCAGUUUCUGAGGUCAUAUUUUGAAGCUUCAUGAUUAACAUUUUCACCAUCAGUAUCUUGGUUUACAAAAAACAAAUGUGGCAAGAGGGGUAGGCAUGACUAAACACAGGCUACUAUCUACUCAUUUAGACAGUAGCAAUAGACAGUGGUUUCGUUCCUUAUUCAACUAUGAUUGACUAAGCCCAUAAACUCAGGAAGAAACAUUGAAACAACAAAAAUCAUCUAAUGGCAUUAGCUAGUCAGACAGUAGUAAAGAGUCUGUCAUUGACUUGCAUCUUUUAAUGUCCUUUUUAGUGUACAUUAAAUUUAAAAAGAACUGUUAUUUUGCCCUUAAAGGUUCAAAAGUCAGAAGACGAAAUUAAGAGAUUGAUAAAACAUUUAUGGUCAGUUGAGUUGGUCUUCUUUAGAUGUUUGAGAUUUUGGUGAAAAAAGUUCAGGUAACUGAAAAGAAGACUAGAAAAGGUACCUUUGGUCACAAAUAAACAGACUCUUUCUCCUUAACUCAGACAAACAACCAAAAUAAUUCAAAUUGUAUCCGAAAGCAGCAGAGUAAGCUGUAAGAAAAAAGAAUUAAGAAUUAGUGGUCUCGCUUAAUAAACCCUCACACACUGGAAUGCUGGAAUACUGAAUAAUUCCAAAACAAGAAAUUAGAUCAUUUCAAUAUUUAUGAAAGUUUCCUGUUUGCCUGCCUGUUUAAUCACAAACAUGAUGACUCACUUCCUAUUUCUUCCUGUCCUUUUUCUUCCUCUUCUUCUUCCUCUUGUGUUUCAGUAUGAUCUACUCCUUGGUUACCUCAUAACAACUGAUUAUCAACAACUGGGGAGAAACAGGAACACCUUUCGAGGCAUUUGAUACAACAGGACUAAAGAACACUAAAAGACAAUACAUUUCAAAGUAGAAUAACAAAAACCUUUUUUUUCCUUGUUGCUGUGAAGCCAAACAUCGAACAUACACGUGGUUGAAGCUUGUUUUCUGCUUCAUACCCAAAAGAAGAAAGGACAUGCUUUAUCCUCAACUGUAUAUAAAAAUUGAAAACUAAAUCUACUGUUUACAGUUUGACUCCUCAUAGCGAGACCCAAGUUAAUCACUGCCUGGCCAACGUUUGUACCACACACACACAAAUACAAACAUACACAAACACAAACAGCCACAGCCUCCUCUGGAGUGCUACUGUACUUGCUGUACGGUAACGGCGAUGGUAGCCCAGAGGACGAAGAGCACAGUAUUGCACAGUUUGUCUCAGGCACAGCAUGGUGAAGCACUGUCAGGCCCAGCACAACUCACCGAACCCUCAGUCACUCCUCUUCGAUGCCUCACCAACUGUAGCUUCACCGGUGAGCUCAGGACGAGGGAUAGAUGAACGGAUCACACUGUACAGAAAAGAGAAAUGAGUUCUUGCGGGUGGGGUUUUGGGGGAGUUGAGCAGGAACACACGCGGUCUGUACGUAGCCUGUGGGAUUUUCUUUCAAACAUACGUGAAUGGCUUUUGUGAUGUGUGCAUUUUGGUGUAUUCUUUAAACAAAGGCAUUUCAAAUUGAUCUUCAGCAAACGUAUUCUCUUUACAGCAAUGCCUUCUUAGUGUCGUCCUAGUGUUGUUCUAUUGUGUAAACUUUUCGAAAACUCAAGCUAACAACUGAAACCUGGCGAAGCUUUGAUAGGAGCACACAUUCUUUGCACAAUUAGUGUCUUCAAUCUUGCACAAUGUGCUCAAUAUUUGGCUAUAUUAGAGAACAUUUAUUAUGGUCUAUCCACACAGGUGACGGUCUUCCAACAUGUAAAGAACCUUUCAGCCCUAUUUGAAGAUAGGGAAACAAUGUGAAUCUUUUCUAGCUCUCUUUACACCUUGGACCAAAAUAUUGUAUUUUUUUCAUUUGGAUUUAUUUAUUUUGUGACUGCUCAUUUUCAUGCUUUAUUUUAAACAUCAAUUUCCAAUGUAACUAAUGCCAGGAGCAAACAAAGCAGAAGAUGGGAAAGGUGCCUGGUAUUAAUUGGGUUUUUCUCCCUGGUUCGAAUAAAAGCAACUGUAGCAAAUGAUGUUGGCAAGAGGUUGUGAAGAGGAUGUCAUGAAUCACCAGAAUUAAUUCAGCAGGGCAGGUGGUUGAACCUGCAUCAUCCAUGUGUAGCACAGUUUUCUAACUAUUAAGAAACUCGUUAAACCUUCCCCACCAUCUUUGCUUGAUGAGCUUCAAUUUGUAAAGUGGCAGCAGCAAAGAGCAGAUAGGAAUGCCCCGUUCUUGUUGUUUUCUCUUCUUCUAAGUCAAGCGUUUUCUAACGUAACCUGUAUGUAUGUGACCAACCAAGUUGAAUUUAGAUAUUGUUUAUGAAAUAAAGUAUUUUAAAAUCUAAA